CACCCAAGGUCUGCGAUGCUUGCAAAAACAAAAAUGAAGAUGAUAAUGACAUCGUGGAAAACCUCUGCAAAAAUGACUUUGCCUUGAAGAUAAAAGUGAAGGAGAUUGCCUACAUCAAUGGAGAUACCAAGAUCACCCCCGAAACAAAGAGCAAAACCAUCUACAAGCUGAAUGGGCUGACGGAAAGGGAUCUGAGGAAGAUCGUGCUCUGGCUCAAAGGUGGCCUCCAGUGUACCUGCGAUGAGAUGAAUGACAUCAACGUGCCCUACUUGGUGAUGGGGCAAAAGCAAGCCGGGGAACUGGUGAUCACCUCGCUGAAGCGGUGGCAGAAGGGGCAGCGGGCUUUCAAGCGGUUCUCCCGCAGCAUCCGCAAACUGCAGUGGUAGUGGCUUUGUUUAGCCUUAGGCUACGGAAAUAACCCGCCUCCCGCAGCCGCCUCUGUCCCGACCUCUCCGGGCCUCCCGCACCUUCUUGCUUUGGCCCCUCUAAGCCUCGAGAUGCCACGGGCACACUACACAGCAACCACUCCCCGAGAGGGGGAGGGAGCCCUCCAUUUUUGUACAUAGGUUAAAAUGUAAUAAAAUUUAAAAAAAAAAAUCAUGACUAUUUUUGGGAAGUAUUAAAGUAUCUCGCUU